UUAUGUCUUUUCAGACAAGACGACUACCUUUGGAGUCUGUACGCCCUGAAGAAAUAUUCUCAUGGGGAGUUAUAUAAGGAAAUGAUAGCCUUUGGGUCACGCUUUCAGCAGAAGAACCCGGACACCUACAUCAGCCUGUUGGAGGAAGGUCACAUGAUUCUCCGCAGCACCAUGGUAACGGGAAGUCCUGGUGACGGAUCACAAGAUUCAGAUUUACUCCAGGAGUCUGCAGCUCUGCUUGGAGAGUUCUAUUCAAUGCCGGGGAAUUCUCAGUGGCACUUAGGUUUACCAUACUACCUGAUGUCAGGUCUGAGUUUGUCCUAUGUAGUGAGACAAGCCCUCCAGUAUAAACAGCACACCAAAAGUACUUUAGCAUACUGUUAUGGACAAGGUUUUCUCCACUACCUAAACUACGUCCUCUUCCAAGACGAUGAACCAUUUCAACUGAAAGAGGAUGAGGGUGACAUGGUGCUGGAAGUCUGUGCUGAAGCAAUGCCCGACAAGCUAUCACGAAUAAUCCUGUUCUCUCGUCUUCAGACAUACACUCAAGAGAAGACCCUCAAUCUACUAAAGCAUGCCUUACAACAGAAAUACAAACCAGACGAAGCUAGAAGUGGUACUGAUAUGCUGGCACUUUCCUUGCUUCAACUGAAAUCAUGUGACCCAGAGUCGGCCCGUCUGGCACUGGCAGCUGUCAGUCAGAUGGAGCUACAGCAGUUUUGUGUCAACCACCACCAGCUGUUACAUGAGGACUUUCAACAAUUAUCUCCCCUUUCACAGCUGAUGCGUAGACACUGCCCAGAGGUCCUAAUCCAGUGUCUCAUAGCACUACAUGACAUUGGUACUAUUCCUCUGGAUCUCGCCAUCAAACUUUUACAGGGACCCAGUGGAUAUGAUGAAAUCCAUCAGAAUGCACAUCUCAAGGAAUAUCUAGAGCUACUCAUCAACGAUGAACAAAGAAAGUAUGUGUUUGAAGAUGCAGUGGUAAGUGUAACCAAUGUUGUUAAUGGUCAUGUUGGAUAUUGAAUAAUUCGGUCUGUAAUAGAUUUUGGAUGAUGACCUUGGGGGAAAAAAGAUCAGCUAAUCGGUGAUAUGUCAAAACAUUCUAUAAACAUCUCGCAGGAGUUUUU